AUGUUGUUGAUUUUUUCCGAAAUGGAUAUGAGUUUUGAGCUUGGUGUACCGUUUAAGCCAUUUGAACAAUUGUUGGCAGUACUACCUGCCGCUAGUGCAGAAUGUCUUCCGAUACCACUCAGGGUAAUCAUGUCAUGGCUUGUUCAAAAGAAAAGUAGCAUAGUUCAAAUAGAUUUUUACCCGACAAAUUUCCGUACUGAUUUGAAUGGGAAGAAAAACGACUGGGAAGCGGUCGUGCUUAUUCCAUUUAUUGAUGAGAAAAGGCUAUUGGCGGCUAUGGAAAGCAAGAUGAUUCUUCUAACCCCGGAAGAAAAGCUCCGGAACACUCCCGGAAGCAUUCUUCUCUAUAACUCUGCAGAGGCGACAAAACCUGUACGCCUUCCGGUCGACCAAUUUCACUUGAAUCCCCAAGACGUCGUGUGGGGAUUGUUACCAAAUGUGAAAUUGGACGUCUACUUCCCAGGAUUCCCGACAAUGAAGCACUUACCGCAUUCUGCUGAACUCAAACAGGUGAAUAUCAAGGUUUUCCAACAGGAAUCGAAGCGCCCAUCGAUGGUUCUUACCAUCAAGAAGAGGGAUGAAUUUGAGAAGGAUAUGCUAAAUGUUGCAAGGGAUAUCAUUAACAAGAGGUCUGUAUCGAUUUUAGAAUGUCCUGCAAGGCAUAUCAUUAACAAAGAGGUCUGUAUCGAUUGGCCAAUAUUGAAGAUGGCAAUUGUGGAUUCGUUGUGGGCAAAUGGAUUUAAGUACACAGGGAAUGAACUUGGAGAUGUGAAUGAAGUCAGUUUGACUGAUGAAGAGAAGGAGGUGAUGGCAACGAUUCUAUCCAGCGAGAAAGAAAGAAUGCUCUCUCGGUUUGGCAUCGAUGCUAAUCUGUCACGUUCAAUUGUUUUCGUGCGACGUUUUGUUGGGAUAACAUACACAGUGGAAGAACAAGUUCUGCGACCCCAGAAACAGUGGCUUGGACCGAAUGCAGUCGUACCAGUUCUACUACCGCUCCUUGUCACGAAUGUGACGGUUGACUGCGGCCGAAGUUUGCGAGACAUUCCUGUUACAGAGGCUUAUCCGAAACACUCGAAGGUUUUUGCCAUGCUUCCAUCCUGGGAAGGAUUCGGAUACCCAGCUCUCGUCGAUGCUGUCGAUAACGACGGCAGAGUACGUCUGACAGUGUCAAUAUGGCCAACAGUGGAUCUCGGUCCAAUAGUUGAGUCUUACGAUAAUCUAAGUAUGCAGUGGAUGAACAAUUAUGACGCAGGGCGUAGAAUUGGAGUUGAUGGACGCUUGUUGUCACGGAUUACUGGAACAGUGUUCCUGCUGCAUGAACGUCCUCCAGAAAAAGAAGGAGCGCUUUCUAUACCAGAGAGGAUAAAUAUCGGACUGGCGCUGAAAUUCUCGAAAAGAAACCAGGAAAUCGCUGAUUAUACACGCCGACUUGAGAACGGGUAUUGGCAGUAUUCCAAUCUUUGUGUUCAGCUCAUCAGUAGUUACAGGAAUAAAUUCCGCGAUCUAUUCACUUUCCUUGAGAAAUCUCACACGCCUGACGAUGCCUACCUCUCGACUGAUAUAUGGGAGAACCCUACCAGACGCGAAGAGCGCGUGUCGGAACUGAAAGGAAUUCUUAUCAAACGUCCCAACUCACAGUAUGGAAAAACAAGAGGGUGGAACGGAGUACGUCGAUCGUCUUGUUAUAGGAAGUCUCCCUUUUCGGUAAAUGUGAGUCGUAAUAUCUGCGUUCCAGCACAAAUAGAGAAUGCCAUCAAGGAAGUGCCGAAGAAACGCUGGGGAUUCCGGAAGUGUGCCAUUAAUCCUGGUGUUCUAUAUCGGGCAGAGCUGUAUGGUGGCAAGUGCUGCGCUGAUCCGGACGCUGACUUCUUAUUGCUUGAUCGUGUGGUCUAUACCUUGCAGGGAACCACGAUUCCUUUCGGAUCCCAGGGAACAGUAGUGGGACUUUCGUCUGGUAAAGUUGAUGUUCUCUUCGAUCACGAGUUCAACAGUGGAUACAAGAUCAGGGGAACGAGAAACAGUGGCGCUUGCGUAGCAAAAACUUCUCUGAUCAACAUCACUUAUGGAAAAUCGCGGAAAGGACAUACUGUUCAAGCCACUGAAAAAGUGAAGCCACCGAGAGAAAGUCGUAACAAUCGUGCGAAGAAAGAGAAGCGCUUGCCUGCAGGGAAAGAAAACUCCGCCUCCGUUUAUCAACAGAGUCCUUUGUCGGGUUCUCAUGCAUCUCCAAUUGUCGCACAACGUGGGCUGCCGAUAACGGAACAGCUUCAGAAGAUUAUACUUGCACAGAAAGCCAAUAUUUCAACGCCCCUUACUUCAAAGCCUGCAGUUGAUCCGGCUACAUUACAAUCGCCUCCAAUCCUAGCAGCUGCUGUUUCGAAAGAAGUUGUUGAAAAUCAGUUGGCAAGUCUUCUUGGGAUAAAAACACCGAAAACUAUCGCGACUAACGAGCCUGAAAAGGAACCACCGGCAGUGCUAAAACUACUCGCCCACUCAUCAGAGAAUACCUGUAAUGAUAACAAAGCUAUCUGGGAACCAAGGCCGUGUGGGGGCGCUCAACCGAGUGCCUUUACGAAAUUGUUUCCAACAAGCCCACAAAAUCAGACUGAGAGCUGCAGAAACGCGUUCUCGGCGCUGAAGGUGCAACAUACUCCGAUGGGUUGCGCGCCCUUCCCUCCAGAUUUGGGAAACCUCUUGCUGCGGAGGGGAACUGUUCCGCAAAGAGGAAACCAACGAAGGCGUGCUCCUGUCAUACAGCGUCACGUUGUUCCAACUCCUGGAUUGCCGUGUCCCUUGCCAGUCAAUGGCCACUUCUUUAGUUCUCAAGUUCAACAAACUCCCAAUGACCCCAAGCUCACGGAUUUAAAGCCUUCUUCGGUUACGCUACCAUGUAGAAAACUGCGCCGUAGAAGAGGAGGCGAGCACUCUUCAGCAUCAACGCCCGUCAACCAGCAAAACCAAGAAGGCGUUGUUACCAAUAGUACAGCCAAUAUAGCUGCUCCACCACGAGGCUUUGCCUCGUCACGAGCUCAUCGUGUUAGGAAGUCAAGGUUAGCCCCAAAAUUCGCUGAAAGUAAUUGA